AUGUCCGACUACCUUCCUAAAGAAACCACUCGUACAAGGAUUAAUGGAACAUCAAAAGCUGCAGCAAUAUCACACUACCUUGUUCCUGAAGAAAUCAUUCGCGAAAUCCUGUUGUGGUUGCCGGCCAAAUCUUUAUGCAGAUUCAGCACGGUGUGCAAGUCAUGGAGCUCUAUGAUCCAACACUCCACUUUCAUUGAUACCCAUCUCAAGCGCAGAGGUCAAUACAACAACCGAAACGACAUUGUUCACCUUCUACUAAGCGAGCACACCACUGCGAGUAGUUGCACGUCGUAUGUGAUGAAAGACGACCCUGCAAUAUUGGAUGGAGAUGAGUGCUAUACCAAGUUUAAAUAUCCUUCAUCGGAACAUUUAGAUGUGGAUUUCUGUAGUCUGAUCGGAACUUGUAACGGCCUCAUAUGCCUCGCAUAUGACGACAUGCCCAUGACUUCCGAAGUACCCACAAUAAUUUGGAACCCUUCCGUUAGAAAGAUUGUGAUUUUGCCUACGCCUAUUAUCAGUCAGUCUACAAGUAGUUAUCUACAAACUCACGCUUUUGGCUAUGAUGCUGAGAGUGAUGAUUGUAAGGUUUUAAGAAUUCUACUGUCUGAAGAUAGAUUAUUAGAGACAAAACUAUGUGAGGUUGAGGUCUACUCAUUAGCCCGUAAUUCUUGGAAGCGUCUCAGUAGUACUACUUUUCCGGCUUCCUUGCGAUCUAUUGUAUGGUUUACACGUAAAUACGUUUUUGUCAAUAAUGCUCUGCAUUGGCCUCAAUGCCAAGAUUUCGACAAGGACAAGAACAUCAUUGUCUUCUUUGAUAUGGCCAGUGAACUAUUUAGCCAGAUAGAGAUGCCUGAAGCUUUCUCGGAUGAACGCAAGGUCAUUUCAGUAGCAAGAUAUGGAGAGUCCCUUGCCUUGAUUGAUAUCAAGAUGAGGGGUUUUGACAUAUGGGUUAUGAAAGAGUAUGGUGUGGUGCAAUCUUGGACUAAAAUAUUAGGGAUAUCAAGUCUAAAGUUUUGUUAUCUGUCACUUUUUGAUUGUAGAAGCAGUGGUGAAUUGGUAUUCGGAAAAAUAGAAACUGGUCGUCGAGAAUUAAACAGGGUGAAUUAUAAGACCAAACAAGUUGAAAAAUUUAGAAUAAAUGGACGAAAAUACAUGGGGAUCGAUUCUUUUGUAGAUAGCAUUGUCUUACUAGAUCAAACCAAUGCUAUUCCUUACUAA